AGGACCUGCAUCAGAGGUAUGAUUAGGUGUUUACAAUUUAUAAUAUAGAAAUUAAGUCAAUACUUACUAACAUUCUUUGCAAGGACUGGGUAUAAAUAUGUUUCCUGUCCUUGUUUGCCUCAAGUGCAACCAGUCGAGCUUGAAAAAGUAGUAUCACUACCUAGCCUCUCUUUCACCAGAGUCUCAGGCUUCUUAGUGCUACAAGAACGAACAUGGAGCAGACUUCUGGAGUCUUUCCUGAUGGAGAAUGGGACUUUAGCAGAAUGUUCUGCACAGAAGAUCAGCUUGAUCUCACAUCAGAGUUCCUGGGCCAGUGUUCAUUUCCUGUCGGGAACCAUGAUGGAGGAUUGCAGCUUACUGACCUGUCAGCUUUUUGUCCAAAUUCUGAAGCCAACGUGAACUUGACCGAGGUUAAUGAGAGUCUGUUUUAUUUUUGGAAUACUCUCAACCCUGAUUUUCAUAUUAUUUCUCAGGAAAAUAGUAGUAGCAGUAACUGUAGCAGCCAUGAGAACUGCUUCUGUAGUGAUUCUAACCAUAUUCCGGCAACAAAUGACAUUUCUAUGUCCAUGGAUUUUUGCAUCAUGGGUGAUAAAAUUUCAGGAUCAUCUGUCUCGAUGUUUCCUGAAAUUGGAAUGACUCAAACUGUCUGUAUUGAUGAAAUCAAUGCUCCGCCAGGAGCUAAUCCUGUUCCUGACAAGGAAUUGCAGCUCAAAAGAAAGUUUGACGUUCGAGAAUCCGAAGUCAAUCCAUCCGAGAGCUGCACGAAGAAAAAAUCUCGUGCUAGAAGAGAUGUGCAAAAGAGUAGAAAAGAUGAAAAGCCAAAGAAAAAUCAGAAGUUCACUCCAAAUAACAACGAGGCAGAAGAUAGAAAUGCUGGACCAGAAGGACAAAGCUCUAGCAGUUGCUGUUCAGGAGAGGACAAUGCCUCUCAGGAUUCUAACGGAGAUUCUAAAGUUUCUGAAGCUCUCAAUUCCAAGGGCAAGGCAAGAGCUGGUCGAGGAUCCGCCACGGAUCCUCAGAGUCUUUACGCAAGGAAAAGACGGGAGAGGAUAAAUGAGCGGUUGAGAAUCUUACAGAACCUAGUUCCUAAUGGAACAAAGGUCGAUAUCAGUACAAUGCUAGAGGAGGCAGUACAAUAUGUUAAGUUUCUGCAGCUUCAGAUCAAGCUUUUAAGCUCUGAUGAUCUGUGGAUGUACGCCCCUAUCGCUUACAAUGGAAUGGACAUUGGCCUCAACCAGAAGAUCUGUAUGCUUCUAUGAUCCUGGAGAGAAGCUUCUGCCAUAGCAUUAAUUUGUUUAACUAAUUUUAAUUACAAAUACUAAGGAGUAUAGAAUAUAUUUAUAAAUAAACACUAAAUAAUUUGAUCUAUCACAAAUAGUAAGCAUAUGUAUACUCGUUGCUUACAAUCGUACCUGAUCUGCUUAGUGUCCA